ACCUGGGAAAAAUUCAAAAAAUGUGGCAACAUCGCGUUUCGCGUUUGUUUUUACUUGUAAACCGUUGUAGACGAAGACUUGAUCGUAUCAUCGUAGUGAUUCAUUUGAUCUAUUGUAUCCUUUUGGCUUUGAGUACCCUCCAUUUUAUCCAGCGGCGCUACGAAUUUGAGGAAGCUGAAAAAUGGGCAAAGGAUUCAAUAACUACAUGUGCAAGAAGUUCUUUCACCCUGGAUCUCGAGAUAACUUGAAAAGGGUCUGGAUGGCUCAACAAAAGACGGAUGCAGAGAAGAAAAAGCAGGAAGAGUUGAAAGCUCAGUAUGAAAAAGAACAAGAUUUAUACGUCAACAAAUCACUUGUCAGCAAGGAAAGCAAGGAGAAGCUGAGUGUCAAUUUUCUGUAUGAACCACCACCAGGAAUGAAGAAAGAAAGAGAAAAAGAAGAUGGGGAACCAGAAUUCAAGUUUGAGUGGCAGAGAAAAUAUAAUGCUCCACGUGAAGAUUAUUGUCGUGGUGAUGAGGACAUCAGGGACCAACCUUUUGGUAUUGCUGUCAGAAAUGUUCGUUGUAUCAAAUGUCACAAAUGGGGACACGUAAACACAGACAGGGAAUGCCCUUUGUUCAACAAGGCUAGAGAUGCCUUUGAUGAAGCCAUUGCAGCUGCUGAUCCUUCUGAGAAGUUGAUGAAUGAUAUGAAGGAAACUGGUUUGGCUAUGACCAAAAGUGCUAUUAGUACUUUAGAGCAAAUGGCGGUUCCAAUGCAGAAACAAUUAUCCAAGUCUGAGGAGGAGCCUGCAGCAGAAGAAUUGACAUUUCUGAAAACUUUAUCAACCAAAGAAAAGAAGAAACUACUUAAGAAGCUGGAAAAACUGGAAGACAAGGAAAAAGGGAAAAAGAAGAAGAAGAAGAGAAAGAAUGAAAAGAGAGAAAAUAGAAGUCCACCUCCAUUGACAGCAUCUUCUUCACGGGUUCUAAAACUAAGAAGCAGAAGUCCACUUCCAUUGACAGCAUCUUCGUCGCGGAAUGAGAGACGCCGAAGUAGAAGUCCGUCUCGGUUGACAGCAUCUUCCUCCAGGGAGGAUGGCAAAGGUUACAGAAAAGUCCAUCAAAGCGAUGGCAGCCGUAGUCCCAAACGGCCUCGUAGCCGUGAUAGACGAUCGCGAUCCAGAGAAAAAGAACAUCGAGAAAAGAGAAGACACGAAGAAUCUGACGAAAGAAUGAAGAGGAAAAAAUACAGAGACUAAAUUUUUUCAGUUGCAGUUCGCUGUAUUUUUUAAACUUUUGGAAUUGAUUGUAUUCCGAUCUAAUAAAGAUUAAACAACCUCA